GCACAGACUGGAGUGGAGUGCACGUUCUCAGUAAGAUUAGGCGAAGGCGAAGCAAAAACAACGCACGUUUCCUUUUUAUUGUGUUGUUUUUUGUUACACACGUUUCGGUGGCUCGGCGUCGAACAUCACAUCGCUUGCAAAAAUGACACAAGCGUUUUUGUUUUUAUGUUUUUCACGGUUUUCUGCAAAUGGGCGAUAUAAGGAACAGAAAAUUACAUUUUUAUUUCCACGCAAUCUAGAUUUAUUUUCGAAAAACCGUGGUGGAAAAUUAUGUUAGGUGUUUUUCUCACGUGUGUUUUUAUGUUGCACGGUUCAUCUGGUGUUGAUUCAGACAAAGUGACAGUGAUGGAGGGAGAUUCAGUCACGCUAAACACUGACAUUAAAACAAAUCAAGAAGACAGAAUAAUGUGGUAUUUUAAUGACAUUCGUAUCGCUUGGAUCACUGGAGAUCAGAGUAAGAUCUGCACAGAUGCUGAGUGUCCUGAGAGAUUCAGAGACAGACUGAAGCUGGAUCAUCAGACUGGAUCUCUGACCAUCAUGAACAUCAACACCACACACUCUGGACUUUAUCGUCUGCAGGUCAACAGCCGCAACAGUGGAAAGCUCUUCAGUGUUUCUGUUCAUGGUGCUCCUGCCGCUGAUCGAGAUGAAAUAAAGUCAGUGAAGGAGGGAGAAUCUGUCACUUUAGAUUCUGGUGUAAUGAACAACACAAAUUAUUUGAUCACGUGGCUUUUUAAUGACAUCCGCAUCGCUGAAAUCAAUGGAGAACCCAAUAAGACCUGCAAAGAUGAUCAGUGUGAGGAUGCUGAUGGGAGAUUCAGAGACAGACUGGAGGUUAAUCAGACUGGAUCUCUGACCAUCAUGAACUCAAGAACCACAGACUCUGGACUUUAUAAACUACAGAUCAUCAUUAGCAGCAGCAGCUUCAGUAUUAGGAGGAGCAGGAGUUUCAGUGUUACUGUCACUGGUUCAGGUCUAGCUGCUGUAGCAGGAAUAUGUGCUGCUGUAGUUAUUCUGUAAUGUACUGUCUUAAGCAAAAGAAAGGAAGUGGGGAGGAGACAAAUAAUGAUCAGGAGAUUCCUAUAAAGUACUCAAUCAUUAGUCAGACUGAGGCUGCUAAUAAUGGCUCAUCCUGUAAACAGACUGAGACUACCACUGAAACACCAGUGUAACAUUAUUUAUUUUUCAAAACUUCCAUUGAAAUGGACAGUGAAGAGACGAUGGGAAAUGAGGAAAUAAGUAUCAAACUCACUCAGACGUUUUUUCAGUUACAUAAACAUUGCGUCCAAAAAGGCAGUUAAGCAGUAAACCAGCAAUGAACUAAGAAACAAAACACGUAACCAGCAGCAGAACAGCGAGUGCUUGAGGUUUUCAGUAUGUAAAGUAGGGCUGCAAAACGAUUAAUUGUGAUUAAUCGAUUCAAAAUAAAAGUUUAUUUACAAAUUA